AUGCCACAUUAAAGUAGUCCGAGUAUCGCGCUACGUCACACCGACAUGUAAAAUUAGAGCCGCAAUAAACCACACUUUUGUUUUCCGAGAUGUGAAUUUUUUACGGUUUUGGUUCGACUUUUACUCAGCGUUUUUUAUAUCCGGUAGUUAGCUGUCGUAACAACAAAUGGCGAAGUUUAAGGGGAAAUUUUGUAAAAAGGGAAGGGACAAAAUAAAUGAGGCUUUGGAAAGGGGAAGGGAAUCACGAUGGAGACAAGAAACCGCCUCAGCUGCUAACGUUGUACCAAUUAUUAGCUACGAUCACGAGUAUGCUGCAUGUGACAUCCCCGAUCCAAGUCAGCAAAUUGAAAUUCCUCUUGAUGAAAACUUGAAAGAGGGGGAAUGGCGUGUAGGACGAAGAGUUGUAGAACUAGGAAUCUUGGCAGACGGAUUAAAGUCUUGCCAGCUAUGCAGUCAGCCCCUCCAUCUGAACGAUUGCACUGGUGAGAAAAAAUUUGGAUUAGGACAUAUGUUGCUGAUAAGAUGUAACUAUUGUCAACUUGUUAAUGAGAUCCCGACUGGUAGCCGGCAUAAAACUAUUGCUGGUGGUAUUGCUUGGGAUGUUAACACAAAGUUGGCAGCAGGCAUGAUAGAUGCUGGUCUUGGAGAGAUGCAUGUGAAUAGUUUAUUGUCUGCUAUGAAUAUUCCAACUAUACCACCCAAGAGCAUUAAGUGCAGAGAAAGAGAAAUUGUACCUCAUCUAGCAGACAUGGCAGAGGAGACCUGCAGGAAAAAUUUGGAGGAAGAAGUUAGAUUAAGUGAUGGAAAUUUAACAGCAAGUUUCGACGGAGCGUGGCAAAAAAGAGGCACAGGCCGUGCUUACAACAGUUUGACAGGACAUGCAACUUUGAUUGGAGAGUCCACAAAAAAAUGUCUAGGGUUUUCCGUGAUGAGUAAACGCUGUAGGAUUUGUACAAAUGCUAAGAAGAAGGGAGCCCCCCCAAGAAAACAUGCAUGCUCAUGCAACUGGACUGCCUCUGCAAAGUCCAUGGAGCCAGCCAUGGCAUGUGAAAUGCUUCAAGACAUAAUGAAUACAGGAAAGCAGGUCAACACUUUGGUCAUGGACAAUGAUUCUACCACGAUUGCGAGGGUCAAAGCCACUGUGGAUCCUAACAUCAGAAAGAAGUGCGAUAGUAAUCAUACUCGCAAAGGUUUCACAGGCAAGCUAGUUGAUAUGAGUAACACCUUCAAAGCAUUGAAAAAUGUUAAAGUUCGGGGUCAUGUGGAGAGAUGCUUUAUGUAUUGUGUCAAACAAAAUCAAGGAAAAUCAACACAGCUUGAAGAAGAUCUGCAAAAGAUUGUUCCUCAUCUGUAUGGUGAACAUGACAAAUGUGGGGUAUGGUGCAGGAGUGAAAAAUCAGGCUACAAGCCAAGGAAUUUGCCAUAUGGUGAAACCUACAGCACCAAUAUUGGAUUUGAUGAAUGUACUGACAUAGAGGACAUCACCAUUCCGUCAAAAGAGUUCUCCGUAGACAGCAGUUCCUUGAUAGUUUUUGACCUAGAAACUACAGGAUUAGCAAGAACAUCAGACAUCCUCCAAAUCGCUUGUGUGUGUGGGGAUAGAGAGUUUAGCGUCUAUACAAGACCAACCUGUACUAUCAGUAUUGGUGCCUCAGCUGCCACAGGAUUAACAUAUUAUGGAGGAGUUCUAAAGCUGAAGGGAGAAGCUGUUGAUUCGUUAACAAUUUUGGAAGGACUUGAACAGUUUAUUGCAUUUGUUUCGAGUUUUCCAAAAGCAGUUUUGAUUGGACAUAAUAUCAUAAGUUUUGACAUCCCUGUGCUUAUGCAUAAUCUUUUCAAGCACAACCUACUUGAGAAAUUUCAAGAUGUUAUUUUUGGAUUUGUUGAUACUCUCAAGUUGUCCAAAAGGAUUUAUCCAAAAGCAGAAAUGGGUAAUUACAGGCAAGAAAACCUUGUCCAGAAACUUCUGGGAGAAACAUACAAUGCGCACAAUGCAGCUUCAGACGUAGAAGUUCUCCAAAGACUUUUUCACGAAAAACUUAAAGUUAACUGUAAUGGUGAAGAUCUUGUUAGACCGUCUUAUUACAGCUGCAAGUCAUCGUUAGAACCUCUUGUUAAGAUGAAAGUUAUUUCUGCAGCAACUAUGAGUAAGCUAGUGGGACUUUCCUUGAAUUUAGCCAAGCUUAAAAUUAUUCACAAGCGUGACCCCAAUAAUGGCAUAAGAAAUGUUUUCAGUGACCCAAUUGCUAAUUCAAGAAGAUGCAAGGUGUCAAAAUCAAAAGCAGUUAUUGAGAAAGUUGUGCAAUAUCUUUCAAACAUCUGAAAUGCUUUUAGGCAUUUUGUACACUGAAGCUUAUUAGAAAUUUUGUUUUACACUUGUUUUUGUCAAGGUGUCAAUCAAAUACAAGAAUGUAAAAUUUUUAAAGUGAACUGUGCAAUUUUUUAUCGCUUCUAGAUAUUAUGGUUGAAUCAAAAGCUUUUCUGCAGCUUGUAUGAAGGCAGUUCAUUGUAAGUGGUAUUGAAUUAAGAUCAUGUAAAUUUUUGUGACUAAACAUGCACUCAUUUGCUUUGACCUGUUGGUAUAAAAUGCAUAUGGUAAUGAGAAAAUAUUCAUUUAAUUUUCUUGUGGUAUUUACCAUGUUCCAUUUGCAUGAUGAAUUAUUAAGGCAUUGUAUUUCAUUAUGUACAACAUGUAAUUUAUAUUGUAUUAUAUGUGUUGCACAAUCGCUAAAAUAACAUACCCUGAAAAGUCAUUAAAAUAUUGUUAAUUGAGAAAUUGCAAAGUUUUAUUUCAUUCUAUCUAUUUUUAAACUUAAAGUAAUUGUGAAAACUUGUAAACAUUUUAAAUAAACUCAGAUUUCAUGUACAUUGGAAGAAAUGAUAUUUCAUGAUUUUUGGAAGAAAAAAAAUUUGGGGGGUAUACUUGUUAUAUAGUCUAUAACACAAAAAGUAACAUGUCAACAUAUAUUUUUUUUAAGAAAAUUUCUUUUCUAAGAUGCUAAUCUGUGAAAUAAAAUCAAUUAAUUUCACUUUGAGUCCAUAAAACUUGAAAUAUAACCCGAAUUUAUCUCUGCAAUGUAAAAUUUUGCAAUUUAUUUUGACAAAUUUUGCCUCAUAUAUGACACAUUAGAAGAAAAUUUAUCAACAGUUUUCCAAAAAAUGAUUAUAUAUGAUUAAAUGAAAUGUAUAUGUUCCAUUCUGCAUAUGAGACUUCAUUUGUUAUGGAAUAAAUAAUAAUUCACAAGAGGAAAUUGAGAAUAUAUAUUUUUUCAAGAAUGUCAAAACAUUGGUGCAAUGGAUGACAUCCAAUAACAAAAA